AUGUGGACAGCCGAUGACGCCUACCUCAGAGACAAGUGGAUCAGCGAUGAUGAGCUUGCAGGGCCGUCUCAAGCUGUACCCCCGACUGGGCACGGUAUACAGAUUAUUUCUGAAAGGGAUUUAGCUCAGUUGGCUCUGAUUCGGCCAUUAAAAUUCGGUUUUCAAGAGCAAUCAGACAUCAAGAAUGAUUUUCAAAUACUUCAGAAAAGGAUAGAAGAACAAGAAAUCAUUCAGGAGUAUAUGGCUUUGGACAAUAAGAAUAUGAAUUAUGAGUUCAACUGUGGGAAUGAAUCAUGCAACAGAGACAAAAACAGAUAUCGAGACAUCCUUCCAUAUGAUUCAACACGUGUUCCUCUUGGAGAAAACAAGGACUACAUUAAUGCUAGUCAUAUUAGGAUAACCAAUUCUGGAGAAGAGUAUUUCUAUAUUGCUACCCAAGGGCCACUGCCAAGUACCACAGAUGACUUUUGGCAAAUGAUUUUGGAAAAUAACUCUAAUGUUAUUGUCAUGAUAACCAGAGAGAUAGAAGCUGGAGUUCCCAAAUGCCAUCGUUACUGGCCCAUUUCUACGAAGAAGCCUUUGGAACUGAAACACUGUCGUAUCUUCCUGGAGAACUACCAGAUACUUCCAUAUUUCACCAUUCGAAUAUUUCAAGUUGUGAGGAAGUCUACAAGAACUAGGCACUUUAUAAAACAGUUGCAGUUCACCAACUGGCCAGACCACGGCACUCCUGCACCACCAGAGUGUUUCAUACAGUAUGUCCGCUAUGUGAGGAGCAGCCACCUGACAGGACCCAUCGUGGUUCACUGCAGCGCAGGAGUGGGCCGGACCGGGGUGUUCAUCUGUAUGGACGUGGUGUUCUGCGCCAUUGAAAAGAACUUUGCAUUCAACAUCAAAGAUAUCGUGGCCCAAAUGAGAGCACAACGUUAUGGCAUGGUUCAAACAAAGGAGCAGUAUUGGUUUUGUUAUAAAAUUGUGCUUGAAGUUCUUCGGAAGCUUGCGACUUUGGAUUUAGAAAGACUGAAGUUGCAUCACACUUGACAUACCAGGUGG